AAUGUCGCCGACUGGAAAACACUUGACGCGUCACUACCGGUACAUGGCAACGUUCCCUCUCCAACGAAAAGAAACGUGAAUUUUGACAGUUGAAAUAUUAAAUCAAGACGAUGGCCUCGUCGAAUUAUACCCUGAAAGUCAACAGAGACUUGUUGGACCCAAACUUUGAGAGUUACCGGCUCUCCCUGGACCCCAUACCGACGUACGACGUUGAGCUGGACGCCGCCGUGGAGGAGGUGACGUUGAAGGAUUGUCCGUACACGCUGGAGCACGUGCGCGCCUUUGCCAUGUACAAUUACCUCCACUUGGACCCCUGGUACGACGACAGCGUGUUGUUUGUGGACUGCAAAGGGCGAGUGCUCAGUCUCACCGUCACCCUGGACACAGUGCUGGGCAAGCCGAGGGAGGUGUUCCGCCUGGCGACCGAAGUCGAACGACGCGAGGACCGCGUGUGCCCCUCCCUCAGCCUCACGUCGGCCACCUGGGCCGCCCUCUCCGACGGCGCCGGGCGACUCUACCUGCUUCGCACCAGCAAGCGGGGAGACAGCACCCACGGAAAGUGGGAGCCCUUGUUCACAGAGGACUUGGGGGAGCCCUUCAUCGUCCUCCACAGCGUGGCCCACGUCCAGGCGGGCGCCCACACGCUGGAGGUCCUGCUGCUCCGCGUCGUCAAGGACCCUCAGGAAACGGCCGGAAGUGGAUACUCGGUGACACUCGAGUGGAUCACGGUCGCCAACGCGCCGGGGCAAGGCUUGGAGAAGAAUUACGAAGUGAAGAAGAGGCGGCUCCUCCGGGGAAAGUCGGUGCCUCAUUAUGCCGCCGUGACGCCGCAGGGCGACGGGCUGAUGGUGGCGUCGGAGAAGCCCUUCGCCUUCACGCACUUGGACGGCCAGCCCCUCAAGCAGCCGCAGCCGGCGGCGGGCGAGCCCCCCGUGGAGCUGGACAAGCCGGAUCCCGUCUACUUCUGGCAGCAGACGUCGGACGACGUCACGGCCAACGUGCGCCUGCCCGAGGGCGUGACCAAGGACGCGAUCCAGUUCCGGCUGACGGCGGACACGAUCAGCGUCGGCGUGCGGGGAUCGGCGUCCCUGCUGGAGGGCCAGCUGUACGCCUCCGUAGACCCCGAGGCCUGCACCUGGAUCCUCCGGGAGAACAAAAGCCUGGAAGUGAGCCUGCAGAAGCGCACCGAAGGACCCGUGUGGCCGGAGCUGGUGAUGGGUGACCGUCGAGGCGAGCACGUGAUGAGCGACGAGCAGGCCGCCCUCGUCCGCGAGAGGCUGACCCACCUGACAUCCGAAGACACGCACGCCAAUCCCGACCUGGACAAGCCGGCCUGCAACUCUCAGGAGCUGGAGGACUGCGACGGCUACCCCGAGGACACGUCCAGCCUCGUGCACUUUGACGGCGAGUCGCUCAAGACCACUCAGGUGAACCUGGGCAGCCAUCAGUACCUCUUCACCGUGAGCGCGGACCCGACCCUGAUGCCCUGCUUGUGCCUGCGCCACGACGUGGACGCCCUGCUGUGGCAGCCGCGCCCCGACCGGCCCGCCGACAUGUGGGAGCACGUGGCCACUUUCAACGCCCUGGGCUACGUGCAGGCGUCCAAGCGGGACAAGAAGUUCUCCACGUGCGCGCCCAACUUUUCCUACGCGUCGCUGUGCGAGUGCCUGCGCCGCGCCUUCAUCUACCGCCAGCCGUCCCCGGCGGACGGCGUGCUUUUCAACAGGAAGCUGGGCCGGCAGGUAGGGCAGGUCGCCAAGCAACAGGUGGCCGGCCUGGCCUCGGACAAAGUUGUGCUGGGCUUCAGGGCGACCGACGAGAGGCUCUUCGCCCUCACGUCCGCCAACCUCUUUGUGCUGAAGGUUAAUCAUGAGUAAGAGCGGAACGAGAGCGUUCCGGAACGCAAAGUCACUUCUCCUCGGACUGAAGGUGUCAAAUAUAAAAAGGGGUGGGCAAAAAUUUUGUGCUCAAGGGCCUCAUUGGACAAAUGGGCCAAGUCAUUUUUUCGAGAGGGGGGGGAAGGAAAUAAAUAAAUAAAUAAAUAAAAAUCCAACCAUCCAUCAUCUAUUCACUUUCUUAUACCUCUCAUGUAUAUGUAAAAUAUGGAAAUUCAUACGAAUCUUCUUUUAUUUAGAAUUGAUUCCGAUAGAAUUACGUAAGCAAUAAAAAAAAAUGUCAGAUGGAUAUGUGAAAUUGUGUAUUUUGAUUAUGGAAGUA